UAGGGUUAACUGGCUUUGUAGGUCAUUGAUCCGGAGACAGCUUGUAGGGAUCACACCGCCGGUUCACAGGGGAAACAAGGUACCAUGUUUUUAAAUUAUGGCGAGAGAACAUGCUGAUGACAAUUAACAGAAGGAAAAAUAUUAAUCAGGCCCUCCCCUCUAAAACAUAACGUACAGAAAUACGACAGCUGAAAAGCAUCGAAAGGGAAGGUAGAAAAGCCAAUAUUCAUGCUGUUUAAAUCACUAAAACUGACAUCGAAAGAAAACAGAAUUGGAAGAUAAACCUUAUCAUAUAAAUGUAAAGAAAGCGAUGCAUCUGAUAAUUAUUCCGACGAUUGACGAUCACGGCGCUUCCUCGUGUCCCCAUGCGCUCUAAGGUGGAUAUUGCGCAGUUGGUCAGGUUUCUUUUCCUGUGUUUGGAUGAGUCGAUCUGAUUGGAUUUAAAACACACUGGAGUUUAUCGAAGAUUUAUCCCAGUUUUGUUCCCUCGUGCAAAUAAGCAAUAACUUUAACAUCAGAGGUGCUUAAUAAGUGAUAUACCUUGACUCCAAAGAGUAAACGAAGGUCUCUGUUUUCCUGCCGGAACGUCUCGGACUUAAGAGUUUUGGAGACAUAAAUUGAUCACUAUGGACCGUGACAAUUCUAAAGAAUCUGAUUCCGUAGGACCUGGCGAAGAAACAAUAAUCAACAACGUCGACUCGUUCAACAAUGACCAAACAAACCUAAUCGACUCACCCAAAGAUCCACUAUCUAACAGCAAUACCAUCCCCGACUCAACAACAGAUAUAAUCCCUAAUGGUAAUUCAGUUCCAAACUCUACAGAAGACGUACUUCCUAAUGGUACCACAAUACCCAACUCGACAGCAGACCCAGCCCAUUGCGGAGAAGAUGGAGAUGUUAAGGUUAGGCGGACCUCGUCCACCAAUUCUGAGCGGGAGAGUCUAGUGAGAAAUUCUUCGGGCAGUCCUCAGCGAACAGGGAGCAAGUAUGUAAAACGUCAAGAGUCUGUGCAGAGCUCGAGGUCCAUAAUACGCAACAGAAGAAGUCUGAGAAGCCAGAGCUUCAAUCAAAGCCCAGAAAACGAUAAUUUACGCAGAAGCUUUCGGCGCAUGCGCAGUGGAAGUCUUAAUUAUCCUCAUCACAAUUCCAUAGUGUCGUCUUUUCUAGAAGAACUUGCUCAAAUCGAACCUCUGCCGGACUCAUCACAAGUUCCUUGGUGGACAUCAUGCAGACUUCGAUUUUCUGGUCUCUGUUUUAUUGGGUUCUUUUUCCUCUACGCCCAAAGGGUCAACUUAAGCGUUGCUAUUGUCUGCAUGGUAAAAUCGGAACUAAACCCAGGCUUAACGAAAUACCAAUCGAAUUUCACCAACAGCUCUUUGUUCGUACCACUUGCUGAUAAUGUCACUUCUGGAUACCAACAAAGCUACAUUAAUCGGACAAUUAUGGAAGGAAAUCCUCGAAAUCCAGCAAAAACGUGUCCAAUACCGGCGGCAUCUCAAAACAUUAAAGGCGAGUUUACUUGGGAUAAAUCUCUCCAAGGUGGGAUUUUGGGAGCUUUCUUCUGGGGAUACACGGUCAUGCAGAUUCCUUCGGGGGUCCUCUCGGAACGCUUUGGGCCUCGUCGUAUGAUUUUUGUAGGAAUGUUUCUCGUCUCGGUGUUGACUAUCUUGACCCCAGUACUAGCCCGAGGGAGUCCGUAUCUACUGAUUGUGACGCGUGUCCUUAUUGGAAUGGGAGAGGCUACAAUGUAUCCAGGAGCACAAGUCUUUUGGGCCAAAUGGUCACCCCCGCAUGAAAGGAGUAGGCUUGUUGCGUUUGCUUUUGGGGGUUCCCAGCUUGGAAAUGCUUUGGCGUUUCCGAUAUCCAGCUUACUUUGUGAUUCCGUUGGAUGGGCUGUAAUUUUCUAUUUGUUAGGAUCUUGCUCUUUGCUGUGGACGCUUUGCUGGGGGAUCUUCGCUAGGGACUCACCGGCCGAGAUGCCUAAUAUAACAAAAAUCGAGAGAAAAUAUAUCGAACACUCGCUGGGUAAAGAUACAUUCUCUGAACUUCCUGAUUUAAGAAAAAGGGCCAAACCUUGGAAAGCUAUUUUCACGUCACUUCCUGUUUGGGCCAUUCUUGUGGCCAAUGCCGCUGGUAACUAUGGGGCGUACAUGUUGCUGACACAGAUGCCAACCUACCUUAAGGAAGUCCUCAGGUUCGACAUUAAAUCUAAUGGUCUGUAUUCUAUGAUACCGUAUCUAGCAUUCUGGGUAAUGAUAAGUUUGGCAGGAAUGUUUGCAGAUUUAUUGAUCGAAAGAGAAAUCCUUACUAUCAAAUGGACCAGAAAGCUGUUUUGUGCCAUAGGUCAGUGCGUCCCUGCAGCCUUUCUGAUUGGCCUAGGCUACAUGACGUGUUUCCAGCAGGCUGAGGCGAUUGCUCUCCUGACGCUCUCUCUCGCAUUCUGUGGGUUCCAGUUCCCGUCGGUUUUCGUUAACCACGGAGACAUCGCACCAAACUACGCCGGGACCAUUUUUGGGAUCACCAACACGGGGGCCAGUAUUCCAGGGAUCAUUGCACCGUAUGUUGUGGCGUCCAUCACAGUAAAUAAAUCCCAGAAAGAAUGGCUAGUGGCCUUUUACAUAGCCGCUGUGAUCUAUGUGCUGGGCGUCAUCUUCUUUCUGAUUUUCUCCGACGGAGAAAUCCAGGAGUGGGCCAAGGACGAUGAAAUCCUGGAAAUGGUUGAGACGGACAAACCGGAGGCCGAUAAACUUCCGGGACUGGAGGAGGACCCGGAAGAGGAUGUUUUGUCCGAUGACGUCGUCUUCAAGAACGAUGUGGAAGAGAAUUAACGUGAUGCAGGUUUCAUAGGAAUAUUAUCUAUUACUGAAUUGAACACAUUUCUAUUGCGUUAAGUUAUUUUUCUACUUGUAUUUUGAAGUGAUAUACAUUGUACUUAUUUUUUCUUUUUGUUUAGAUGUCAUUUAAUAAAUGACGUGAUAUUUUUGUUGCAUUGUUACCUGUAUAUUUUACCACUGAUUCAGAAAGUGUUUGAAUGUUGUUUAUUGUUAUAUGCGGGUAUCUUGUUUGUUAUUAACAUAAUUGUUAAACAUUUCUUGUAUUCAUUCAAUAUUGUAGAUGCAAAAUCCUGCUUAUAUGCCGAAAGAUAUUUUUGUUAAAGAUAAAAAUAAAAAGAAAAUUGAUCUGAAAAGUUUUUAUUUUUAUGAAAAUAUAUAAAUUCUGUUCAAGAAAUUGGACACUAUAUAUUUUACCAUUCGUUCAGAAAAACUUUUGAAUGGUGUUUAUUGUUACAAGUAUGUGCCAUUGGGUAUCUUGUUGGUAUUAAUAUAUUUUUUAAACAUUUCUUGUAUAUAUUGCAUAUUGUAUAUGACAAUUUGUGUGUACACAUGCGUGUAGAGUGCUUUGCUUUCAAUCAAAACUUUGCCGAAAGAUAUUUUUUUAAUAAAAUAAAAAUUGGUCUUUAAAGUUUUUAUUUUUAUGAAAAUCAUAUAUUCCGUUCAAGAAAUUAGAAAAAAGAUACGACUUUUCAAUAUAUCUUGAAAAGGCAAAUUAAUACAAUAUAGGAGAACUGAAAUUUUCAAUUAGUUAUUCUCUCGGUUUAUCAUUUUCCCAUGCUUAUAAAUGUUGCCGCGAGAUGUCACGUUCAGGCGUGGGCCAAACUGACAGGUUAUCGAUCCCAAUUCUUUUGACGAGUUUUCAAAUUGGCAAGUUUUAUCUGGAAGCCAAUGAUGGAGGGAAAGCCUGGCUAAUAGCAUGAGGAUUUAGCUGCUCCCCGCCAAUCAUUGUAUUAAGUUCAACUAUAACGUUUGUAAAAACGAAGCGAAAUAAAACAGCACUUUCCGUAUUUGUUUUUUUGUGUAUUAUGGUAUUUGUUAUAAUCAUUAUGAGUCUGUGUAGGAAAUAUCAUUGCCAAGCGUAUUCAAUGUUCAACUAAUUGCUACGAAAUUGUGUAAUUUGAUAAAAAAAAAUACUAGUUCUGCAUUUCUU